AGGUUACUAAUCUAUAAAUAUGGGGAAUAUAUUUGCAAACUUGUUCAAAGGCCUCUUUGGCAAGAAGGAAAUGCGUAUUUUAAUGGUAGGGUUGGAUGCUGCUGGUAAGACAACAAUUCUCUACAAACUCAAAUUGGGAGAGAUUGUUACAACCAUUCCCACAAUUGGCUUCAACGUUGAGACUGUAGAAUACAAGAACAUCAGCUUCACAGUGUGGGAUGUGGGUGGUCAGGACAAAAUCAGACCCUUGUGGCGACACUACUUCCAAAAUACACAGGGCCUUAUUUUUGUUGUGGACUCAAAUGAUCGUGAACGUAUUGGUGAAGCUAGAGAAGAACUUAUGAGGAUGCUGGCUGAGGAUGAAUUGAGAGAUGCUGUGCUUCUUAUAUUUGCCAACAAACAGGAUUUGCCGAACGCCAUGAACGCUGCUGAGAUCACUGACAAGCUGGGCCUGCACUCGCUGCGUAACCGCAACUGGUACAUCCAAGCAACUUGCGCCACUAGUGGUGAUGGGCUUUAUGAAGGCCUUGAUUGGCUAAGUAACCAACUGAAGAACGCCAAUCGCUAACAUCCUUAAGUAAAUCUUGAGAACCUUAUUACUUUUCUUACUGCUUUAACUUAUCUCUAACUCUCACUUCUCUCCUGCAAUUCUGCCUCUGUCAUCUUCUCUUUGCUGUCUGUCUUUGCUCCACUGGAUACUAGCAACUUCAUGUACAGUCCGGCUGCCAAGGCCAGCACAGGCCUCGGUCUCGUUCUGAAGUGCUCUCAGUGAAUGCGUUGCGGCUUCGUUCCUCCAUACGGAAUAAUUGGUGAUGUUCCUGCAUUCAUUUCAUUGUCCUGAUGCGUCCUUAUGAGGGCAUUUUCAUGUGGUAUAAUUAUUGAUCAACUUGAGGUCAGGUGUGAUGUUCCCGCUUGUCAUUGGGAGCCUCGAGAGCAUUGAAAACCUUGCCCUAAUAUGUGUUCUUCGUGGAUAGGUUUUAAUAUUGUCUUUUUUGGAUUGAGGGUCUAAAUUUUAACAUUUCUUCAAAGUUCAAACGAAGUAUUAGCUUUUUAGUACUAUCCUGUCAUUGAUGAAUUGGAAAAAGUGAUUUAGAAAGUUAGGCCUUUGUCAUUAUGUGGUGUCCUUGCCCCAACUUGUGUCUUCAUGGAAACAAACCCCCAAUGUCUCGCUGGAAGUUCGUGUCUCAAUAUACUUUACAUGCUGUGACCAAACUAUCCAUUUGAAAGGUCGUCAUCAUAUACUAUAACCUCCCUCCUUAUUUUACUGGAUGCAUGAGUUUUAAAGUGGUUUUUGUACGCCUUGUGGUUACAAUUGCCAGUUAUUGCGUUAGAGAACCUGCCCUGGCGCAAGGUUCUUAUCAAAGUUUACCACUGAGAUUUAAGUAUUGCUGCGUUCAUCAUGCUUCUUCGUUUGUGCUGUUCAGCAUGAAUAGCGCCAAAACGCAGCAUGCUGCUCAGUACUUAUGGCGCCACAACGCAGCGUGCUGCCCAGCAUUUUAGCCCCACAACACAACGUGCUGCUCUGCAUGUAUAGCGCCACUUCGAAGCGCGUUGCUAUGCAUGUACAGCGCCACUUCGAACGUGCUGCUCAGCGUGUCUAGCGCCAUGAUGCUGCAAGCCGAGGUGCUGUGCAUGCCUCAAUGACCGCAGCAACUUGCCUCUCACUACGAAGCUUCCACUCAUUCUAAUUGGCUGGGAAAACGUGGACAUUCGCCUGCGUAACGAAGAUAAAUUGCGCGAUGUGUAGUCCUUCCUUGAAUUCUUUAAAACUUAGUGUAACUUACAAUGUAAUAAAUCCGUUUCGAUGCCUAAAAAUGUGCUGAAAUUUGCGUUUGCUGGAAAAUUGUUCUGUUAGAUUUUGAAAUUGGAGCGCGGUGACGCUAGUGAUAUUAAAUUGAGUCCAUGUUGCAGUGCGCUGAAGGAGAAUUGCUUAUACUUUAGGGUAAAAAUUUGUUGUUCUACGACAGUGAGAUUCAACUGUCUCCAAGUGCGCAGAACCAUUGCUGUUUUCAUUUUGUAUGAAUAAGAUAAUGAGCCGAAUAAUUUGGGUUUAGAUUUAAGCCUAUGUCUAUUUAUUAUUAUUCUUUGCAGUAUCAAGGCCGUAUGAGCUCUUCACUCGCCUAUUUUUUUUCUAAGUGCACGAUUAUAGCUUGAAAGAGAUUGGCCUUUUGACAAUUUGAUUAACCUUGGCCUUUUGGCAAUAAGAUUAACGUGAAAUGAUCAUUGCAGCCGCAGUUCACAACAUUCCCAAUAGAGGCAAAAUAAACUCCCAGUCUCUAAUCGUGCCCGCAAUUUAUUUGUUGUGACCUUUUUGUUAAGCUCGUUCCUUUGAAAUAGCGAGAGUGAUUGCCUUUAAUAAUAAACUACGAUGGCAUAUUGGAGUGUAAGAGUUCAUGUUUCUAAGCUGCUCGGAACAAACUCUUAAUGAAGUCCAAUAAAACAUUUGUGCUGA